ACAUUUGUUAAGAGAUUGCUUUUUUUUGCUCUCUUAACACUAUUCUUUUAUUUUUUUCUUUUUGUAAUAUAAAAGUUUUGGGCAGAACUGCUGUUAAUCAUGUAAAAUAUACUUUUUUGAUUUUGUUUUGUGUAAAAUGUGUCACCUUUUUAUACGUAUUAAAUACAAUUAAAUAUGCAAACGGCUUUAGCUACGGCAUAGAGAAUAUUGAGAAACCGAUGGAAAAUUUAAAUAAUGAACACACGCUUGGCAAUUGGUUUUCCAAAAAUGUUUUUGCACUCAAAAAUCAUUUUAAAGUUUGGCGGCCUAAUUAGGAUCGAUGACCAACACCACUUCCAUCUGUUUAACUUUUACAACACUUGGUAUUAUAAUCACCCUGUGUUUGCGAAUAACAACAAACGCAACACGCGGACUUCAUUAAAAUUUGAGUGGAAGUAGAAUUUCAUUUGAACCGCUUUUAAAAUGGUCACUUCAAAGAUUAAGAAGAAGUCUCCUGCGGGAAAACCAAAGCAAAGUAAUGGCUCUAACGAUAUACCAGCUACAAAGUCCAAAAGCUGGCAAAAGGUAAAACUAAAAGGCCACGUGAUAUCCGACGAUUUUAGCGGCUACGAUGGAAUGAUUGGCCUCGAAGUUCUGAAGGAAUAUGAUCCUGCACUGGUGAAGUCCACAUUGAAACAGCACAGUGACAGUUCGAUAACUAACCCACGAGGCAAGCGUUCCAAACGUCAAGCAACAGAAUCCGAUGAAUCUUCAUCCAGUGACGAAGACGAAAGUGACAGCGAUGAUGGUGAGGAUGCGAAAGAGGCGAGCGCCAAGUCCAGCAAGAAAGCGCGCUUAGCCGAACGACAUGCGCAACGAUUGCUGAAGCAGCGCGAGAAACGUGAGCAACGCAAGGAACAGCGCAAGCAAAAAAAGGCAAAGCCGGCAACCGACACAAAAUCCCUAAAAUCAAAAUUCACACCCAACGAUGACUACGAGCCGGAUCGAUUUUCGUUGCUGCGACCACCACCAUCGGAUGAUGAGGCUGUUGAGUCUCCAGACGAAGAAGUGCCGCAACUUGUCAGUGACGCCAACGAGCUGGACAUGACGCAAUGGCAAGGUCUUGGUAUUCCAGCCCCUAUAAUGCGCGCCUUGGCAGAACAAAAGUUUGAGGCGCCCACACAGAUUCAGUCGAUGACGCUGCCGGCUGCCAUACACGGUAAAAAGGAUAUUUUAGGCGCUGCUGAGACGGGGAGCGGAAAAACACUUGCUUUUGGAAUACCCAUUCUGGCCGGCAUCAUGGAACUGAAGCAGCGCAACGAUGGCUCCAGCAUACGCAAGGCGCCGAAGGUGAAGGGAGACAAGUCGGCGAAGGAGGCGACAAAAGAGAAUCAUGAAUUGACGCCACCGCCAGAGGAACUGGAUUAUGUGUCGGGUGCCAGUGAUGCUGAGGACAGCGAUGCCGAUGAUGAGCGCACUUUGAGCAGACGAGCACCUCUCUAUGCUCUGGUGCUGACACCCACACGUGAAUUGGCUGUUCAAGUUAAGAAUCAUCUGGUUGCCGCUGCCAAGUAUACAGACAUUCGUGUGGCCGCAAUAUUUGGUGGCCUCGCUGUGGCCAAGCAGGAGCGUGUGCUGCGCCAAUGUCCCGAGAUUGUGGUGGCCACACCUGGUCGUCUCUGGGAGCUGUAUGUGCAGGGCAAUAAGCAUCUAAACAAAAUUGAGCAUGUGAGUUUCCUGUGCAUCGAUGAAACGGAUCGCAUGGUCGAAAAGGGACAUUUUGAGGAGCUGCGCAGUCUGCUCAAGGUGCUUAAUGGCGACGAGGAGCGCAAGCAGCUGCGCCAGAACUUUGUCUUCUCCGCAACAUUGACGCUGGUUCACGAUCUGCCUGAUCACAUGCAAAAACGCAAUGUGGGUAAACGUCCGAAGUUCACCAAGCAAACGGUGGACCAAAAGAUUGAAAGCCUCAUCGAAGAGUUGGGCAUAUCGCAGCCAAAGAUUGUGGAUAUUACCAGCAGUCAACAAACGUCGCAAACUCUGACCGAAAGCCGUCUGCUCUGCGCCAUUGAUGAAAAGGAUUACUAUCUGUACUAUUUUGUGCAGCGCCAUCCGGGUCGCACCAUUGUCUUCUGCAACUCCAUUGAUUGUGUCAAGCGUCUGGCGACACUAUUUGGUCUGUUGGACUGCAAUCCUUUGCCACUACACGCCAACAUGAUACAAAAGCAGCGUCUAAAGAAUCUAGAGCGCUUUAGGGACAGUCCAAUGGGCCUGUUGAUUGCCACCGAUGUGGCUGCUCGUGGUCUGGAUAUACCAAAUGUUGAGCAUGUCAUACACUAUCAAGUGCCACGCACCAGUGAAAAUUAUGUGCAUCGCUCGGGUCGCACAGCGCGUGCCAAUAAACAUGGAAUUACGGUAAUGUUUAUGGAGCCCGGAGAGGUCAAGAGCUAUGUCAAGCUAUACAAGACGUUGGAACGAACUGAAGAUUUGCCGCUGUUUCCCAUUUCUGAGCGUUUCCUUGGCGCAGUCAAAGAGCGCGUCAAUCUGGCUCGUGAUCUGGAUAAGGAGGAGCUGAAGCUGCGUCGCACUCAAAGCGAAGAGGGCUGGAUGAAAAAACAUGCCGAGGAAAUGGACAUGAUCAUUGAUGGCUACAACGAUGAGUCUGGCAGUGAUCAGGAUGAGGAUCCAUUUAUCAUAGAACGCCGACGCAAUCGCUUGCAUGUCGACUCGGUGCGUGGUAAACUUAGCGCACUGCUCGCCCAGCCCAUCUUCCCCAGGGGUUUCAGCUUUAAGUAUCCUACGAGCACAGGUCAACUGCUGCAAGGCUCCGACAUGUCUACGAGUCAUGGCAAAAGUGCUGUGGAAGCGAUGAAAGAAGCCAUCGAGGAUAUGAAGCAGGCCAAGAAGCAGCGCAACAAACGCAAACGCAAUGCUUAACUGACUACUACUUAAACUAGUUUAAUUUACUCAGAAAUAAAAAUUUUAAAAAAAUAA